AUGAUUAUGAUAAUAGGUAUACACAGGGUGUUACAAGGAUGCUAUACAAAAAAAGAUCAAUUAACAGUGAGUCUCCGUGUACGGGUUUAUGACAGGGAUUUGGAAUUGUUUGAGGUUGAGGACCCUUACAACCAAUCUACACAUGAUGUUGGUGACAUAAUGAGGGUGGACUUGAUCAAUCGCAAAUGUCAAUAUAGGAAGUUCACAACUAGAAGGUAUCCUUACAGCCACGUCUUAGCAGUGUGCAUGGCAGAGAAGUUGAACCAUUACGAUUAUGUUGACCCUGUAUUCUCCAUUCCACACAUUGCUAAGGUUUAUGCUGCACACUGGUAUCCGAUAGGCAAUGAGUCGUUGAUUCCACAAGGCAAUGGCCAAACCAUUAUCUCGAAUGCAAAUUUGGUUCACUCACAGGGAAGACCAAAGUCUUUAAGGAUACAGAAUGAGAUGGAUUGA